AUGGAGAAGAGAUACAAAGCCAAGGCAACAUUCUUCGUUACUGGCCGAAAUCUUGGCAAAGGUGCCAUCAAUGAUGCCGCAUUUCCCUGGCGCAACCUCAUCAAGCGCAUGGUCGAUGAAGGCCACCAAAUUGGCAGCCACUCAUGGUCACAUCAGCGUCUUCCCGAAAUCAGCGACACACAGCUAGACAACCAAAUCUUCUACAAUGAAAUUGCGCUGGCUGACAUCCUCGGCUACUUCCCAACGUAUUUUCGUCCGCCUUACUCGGCAAGCAGCGACAAAGUCGACCGACGGCUGGGUGAACUAGGGUACCAUGUCACAUACUUCAAUCUCGAUACUGAGGGGUACUUGCAUGACUCUCCAGAUGAGAUUCAAAAGUCAAAGGACAUAUGGGAUAGGAAUGUCGAGGGGAAAGACCCCAAGAAUACGAAGUGGCUGGACAUUGAGCAUGACAUAGUGUAUCAGUCGGUAUACAACCUGACGGAGCAUAUGCUCAAGUCGCUGUUUAAAAAUGGAUUCAAGUCGGUCACGGUAGGGGAAUGCUUAAACGAUCCAAGAAAGAAUUGGUAUAGGAGAGUCCAUAAUGAGAAGAAGUCAUCGGUGGAGUGA